AUGGAAGAUGCAGAAAUGAUGGAGCAUGGGUUUGAAUUUUCAAUCAUAUUCUUCUGCAGGAGUGGAACGUGCAAGCUGAUGGCGGAGAAACUUCAUGCGUUAUCUUCUCUGGCAACCUUCCUCCUCAUCCUCUCCCGUAGGCUCUGUUUUCUCUUCCCCACGGAGUGGAACUCAAAGCUUUGCAUUUCCAGGUUCCAUGAGAAAGUUCCGAACACUGCUGCUAGUGGGGAUGGAAGCAGUAAUGGAACAUUCUUUAGAGCUGUUCUGUUAGUUCGAAGAGGAAAGUAUGAUGAAGCACGUGAAUAUGUUGAGAGAGCUAGGAAAUGCUUGGCAACAGAGCUUGCUGCUUUGAUGGAUACCAGUGAAGAUUUCGAAAACGUUUUUCUAGCCAAUCCUUACAAGUUAAGGCGUAAAUUGAUGAAUACCUCUAUUUUAUAUGAUUUGAUGAAUAUAUAAUUGGAUUGGGAUGUAUUGGAUGUGUGUUUAAUGUGUUAUGUGAUUGGUUUUUUUUCUUGCAACUGCUACACCAAAACAAAUUAGAGAGUUAAUGAAGGUUGAUAGCAAUGUGAUUACCCUCGUUAAAUAUUUUUGUUUAAACAUAUGUUUCUGUAUAAAAAAAAGGCACAUUUUGAGCUUUCACACUGGGUACCAAAAAACUCAGGACUGGCCCUGAAUUUGGAGCUGAUCAUCGGCAGUUUGUGGUGUUUGUAAGAGCAAUUCUAGCGUUGUAAAGGUCUUCUAUGGCAACUCACUAUUGAAUCCACCUAAUAACAGUAAAUGCAUUUA